AUGUGGUCCGACUCGUCGAGAAUACUCUCCCCGUGCAUUCAACAGGGCCGUCUUUUUCUCGAAAAGCCCGACGGCUUCGAGAUGAUCGGCGACACACUGAAAGAAGUUUGCACUUCUUUAGAGCGUUUUUGCGAGGGGGAAAACGAGAGCAUAAAAGUAUUGGAUCUCAGUGAUCUCGAUCUCACCGAUGCCCACCUAAGUGCAAUCCUGGAAUCACUUAUAGAAGUAUCAGUUUCGGUGGAGGACGAAGUUCGGUUAUCGAAUAAUCGUCUGUCCAUGAACGUAAUAGCACAUCUGUUGGAAUAUAUACAGUCCGUUAUGGAACCGCGGCAGAAAUUAAAAGAAGUUGAUAUUAGUCAAAAUCGAGUUUCGAAUCCUGGGGAAAUCUUGGAGAAGUAUAUGUCGGCUCAUCCGGAGGGUUAG